AUCAAGUCCAGGAUAAUGGCCGUUACUAUGGACCCCAAGCCAGAGAAAUUAGAAGAAAAUGUCAUCCUAAAGUUCAAAAACCUAAAGGUCUUGACAGCAGAGAAGCGCUGUAUGUUUUGGAGUGGCCUCAGCAAAAGCUUUUCAGAGGAAGGAUGCCAUGUAGUUACAUCAAAAAGCAACUCAGAAGAAACAGUUUGCAGCUGCAAUCAUUUGACGCAUUUUGCCGUUUUAAUAGACUACGACAGUAGCACAAAGCUCACUGAGGAGGACGAAACAAUUCUGAAAAUUAUCACCCACGUGGGACUGAGCCUUUCCAUCGUCGGGAUACUUUUAACAUUCAUACUUUAUUCUUGCCUCACAGAUGUUCGUCAACCUCUCUCCCAAAUUCGGCUGAGUGUUUCUAUGUCCCUUGGAGUUGGACAGAUCAUCUUCCUCGCCGGAAUAAGCGCCACAGAACACAAAGCUGCCUGUGUUUCAGUAGCAGCUCUGGUGCAGUAUUUCUUGAUGGUCGCUUUCUGUUGGAUGCUGAUCGAGGCAAUUUAUCUCUACUUCUUCGUUGUGAAAGUUUACAACAUUAACACCAAGAUGUACAUGUAUCACGUCACCUCAUGGGGUCUUCCAAUGAUCAUGGUGGCCAUUUCACUUGGCAUCGCUGCUGGGAAAGAAGGGUUACAAAGCUAUACGAGUGAUAAAUAUUGCUGGCUUUCCUCGACUAACAACCUGAUCUGGAUAUUUGUCGCCUUUGUGGCUUUCAUUGAAAUUCUCAAUAUGUUGAUACUCGUACGAGUCAUAAAGGAGAUGACCAAUUUGGUGCAGCCAACAGCGGAAGACAACCAUUUUCAGCAAAUACGACUUGGCAUCAAAGCAUGCGUGGUGAUAAUUCCCCUGCUGGGUGUCACGUGGCUAUUUGGUCUACUUUCGCCUGUACAUAAAGCUUUCGCCUACAUCUUCACCAUACUUAACUCUACUCAGGGUUUCCUGAUUUUCGCUUUACACGGUUUGCGAAACACUCAGAUCAGAGAGCGAUUUGAAAGAAAGAUGAACAUCGUUUUUCCAUUCCACAAUUCCACAAGGAAGAGCCCACACGUCAAUCCAAGUGAGGUUGGAAAUGUAUGGGCAGUUGAAUUGCAGUCUUGAGCUGAAUUUAAAUCGAAAUCGCCUUAACUUAAAUAACUGGAUCCAGCCAGCCGUAAAUAACAGUCAAUUACUUAGUAUAAUCAGCUAUUAGUCGGUUGCGAUCGGUCUGAGUUACAAUCUGCAGACAAAAAGAAGUCAUUCUCUUCAUUAUUGUUUAAGCACUCAACUACUUGUAAUUGUAACCUAUCUUCUUUAUGAUUAUAAGUUUAUUUUCUAGAAGAUCGUAUAGUUGUAGGCAAGAUUCAUCGAAAUAAACCAAUCUAUAGAUUUAAAUUUCUAAUGGCUUAGUAUCUUUAUGACUGUCCUUCGAAUAAGACCACAGAAAUCUAGAAUGCCUAGUCAUGCCGACAUUCAUACCAAGGAACUUCUCGAGAAUUUUACUAGGUUACGUAGUUAUGAUGUAACACUACCAAUCUAGUUGUGUUGUAAGCUUCCAGAAUUUUGAGGAAUUAUUUGUACAUUAGGACUCAGUGCAGCAGUAGUACUUGUUGUUGUCGGGAGUGACUGACUUUUCCGAAAGCUAUACUGAGAGAGAGCUACUAUGGAAGAUUGUGAAUUUCGAGGAACUUUGAGGACAACCAUGAGAUUGUGUCAGGGGUGAGCUAAUAAAUUGUGUUGGGCUUCACUUUGUUUAGGGAUAAUUACUCUACCUCCUUUAAGAGACGUUCCUUGGUAAGAAUAUUACAAGUUGUUCAAUAAAUUAUUUGGGUUUGUUGAUAGAUAAUGCUCUUUCUGUAGGUUAAAUCGUAUUAUAACAAAUAAUACUAAAAGUCUUAGCAGCUAGCGCUGACAUUCAAUGUUGUUGCUUAAUGAAU